AUGAACCUGGAGAUAAGUGCUUCCAUUGAGGAUCAGAAUAAUAGGAGAGAGUGGCAUAUUGACACUGAGGAUAACUUGGAGCCGACUCAUCAUGGGUAUUGUAUUUUCAGGGUUCCUCAAUGUAUUCUAGAAGUAAAGGAAGGAGCUUACACUCCUAAAUUGAUUUCAAUAGGCCCUUUUCAUCAUGGUAAAGAAGAAUUAGCUGAAAUUGAGAAGCAACAACCAAGAUAUGUGGAAAGUUUCCUUAAACGUAUAACUAUGAUCAAGAUGGAGGAAAUUUCAGCCUUCGUAAAGAACAAGGAACAAUGUAUUCGUAAUUUUUAUGCUGAGACGUUCAUGGUUCCAAGGGAUGAGUUUGUAAAGAUGAUUCUAGAUGAUGCAACUUUCAUCGUUGAGCUCCUUUGGAGGUAUCACAAAGGUGAUACAAGUGAUCUUUUGCGAAAUAUACCUGCUGUGCAUAAUGCUUUAAAAUUCGAUUUGCAGCUACUUGAAAAUCAACUUCCAUACUUUGUCCUCAAGAAAGUGUAUAAGUUAGCUUUUGUUGGCCUUGGCAUUGCUGACAAUCCUUCCUUCAUGGAUCUUUCUUAUAAGUUCUUAAGGGGCUACUUGUUCAAGAGCUUGCCCAGCUCGCCUAUGGAAGUUAAAAAUUUCGCCGAUUUGAGAAGAAGCGUUCUACUAAUCAAGGAAGGUUGUUUUUCUAAUAGUCGGAGUGACUCGAGAGUGAAUUCAAAUGUAAAUAUUGGAAGUUUACUUUGUGCAAUGAAGUUACGUGAGUCAAGGGUGAAUUUUAUGGGAAUUGAAAGAUAA